AGUCCCAAAUGAUUCUAAAGCGUUCUAAUUGAUUCUGAACCGUUUAAGACUGUACUAGAUGAUUUCUAACUGACUCUGGAGCGUUCUAGACUGUUCUUAGGCGAGUUCUAAAUGAUUCUAGACAGUUCUAAAUGAUUCUGGAGCGUUCUAACUGACUCGCAUCAACAGGUGGAUGAAGCUCUAUUUUCUAUUAUCAACCUUGCCAUAUUUCCUAUGCACAUUUAAAUACAUUUACAAGAACGGUCCCAUGAAUGGUUCUCCCCGAUGGACUGUAAAUAAUAAAAAAAAAGGUAAAAAUAUAUACCAUGCGGCAACCGAGAGAGUCCGAUAUCUAAUUAUAUAACCAUCGACUGUUCGAAUUGAAUACAAUGUCGAACGCUCGCCGAACGAAGAGCGAAGGUACAUAUACAGUUAGUUAGUUAGUUAGUUACCUAGCCGAGACUGUACCUGCACGGCGAUUGGUCGCCUCGUUUUCAGGUAAACGUAAACGCCGUCUCUCGUCGAACACACGGUGUAACCAGCCCAUGGGCAGACACCUCGAAACAAAUCGCUGGAUUAAUAAACGACUCGACAAAUACUAAAUACUUGCCAGGCUGUGAUCGUUUUUAGUUUAAAUCGGCGACUUUCCACGACGGUUUUCCCGGUAAUUUCCCAAUUCGAAUUCGAAGUAAUCGUGCGCGCGAAGUGAUCCUUUUAAUCCAAUCCUUCUUCUUGUUCUUCAUCGAGAAGAAGAAUCGAAUCCGAUGUGUUUGUGAUAUGUUUAUUGUUGACAAACUCGUUGGAGUGUAACUAACUAAUUAACUGUGAUCUAUUUUAUUUUAUAUACACACAAAAGUAAACUCGAUUUUUAGACUUGGAUAUAUUUUUAACGGAACCGACUUAUACCUGCGCGAAUCAAACAGGUGUCACGUGGCAACAUGUCGGACUUGUAAUGGUACAAUUGAGAAAAUGCCAUGUUCAUGUUAAAUCGGUUUCGGGCGAUUGUUAUCGAAGCUGAUGAGUAUCAAAGGAUUGAAGAUGAUAGGGCCCCAUUAUAUAUGCGUUUUGUAUGUAACGACGGCGGGCCUGCAGGGCCCCCUGAUGGGGUCCGAUGAACAAGAAAUCGUUCUUCUUGUUUAUAUUAUCGUGGAUGUUGUUCAAAACAAGGUAGCAGGUGUCCAACAAUACACCGUUCGACCUCAAGUAGCUGAUAUUAACGAAAAUUUUCUAUCCACCGAAGUAACAUCGGAAUCUGUGUUAACUGAUGAUAUUAUCAAAUCCACCGGCAAGCAGCUCGAAGAGGCCAUUUGCGAUUUCGAAGUUUAUUGCAAUACAUUACAUAUUGAUCCUCACAAUUCUGGAUUUAGGCUAGUGACUGAUGGACAAUUGCCUUUAAGGCAAUGUUUGCAUCCAGAGGCGUGCAGGAAAGACAUCGAUCUGCCCAAUUAUUAUAGCAUUUUCCAUGACCUUAGGAAAGAAGUAGCGAAAUUUACGGGGAAAUUAGAGGAUCCCCCCCAAUCGAUACCAUCGAUGUUAGAAUAUUUAGAAAUAAAACCUGAACCAGAAAAUGAGUUUUUUAAAAAGGAAGUUAAGGAUAUGGUGAAUAUUGUACAGGGUCUUGUUUCUGCAGGGCAUAGAUUUGAAACUCCUGAAACUAUUAAUCUUACAUUGGAACCUGGUAUUUGUUCAAAAGAUGAUGAAAUCGACAGUAACUGCGUGGUAAGAGCCAGAGGAUUGCCCUGGCAGAGCAGCGAUCAAGACAUUGCUAAAUUUUUUCGAGGAUUAAAUGUUGCAAAGGGCGGAGUAGCCCUGUGCCUAUCAGCGCAAGGUCGAAGGAACGGCGAGGCCCUCGUGAGGUUCGUCAGCCAGGAGCACAGAGACAUGGCCCUGAAGAGGCACAAGCACCACAUCAGCACGCGCUGGAUCGAGGUCUACAGGGGCACCGGCAAGGACUUUCUAUCGGUCGCUGGCGGGUCCAGUUGCGAAGCCCAAGCGUUCCUCUCCAAAGGCGCCGCCGUCAUCAUCAGGAUGCGCGGAUUGCCCUACGAUUGCACCGCCAAGCAAGUGUUGGACUUCUUCGCCAACGGGGACAACUCCUGCUUAGUACUCGAUGGGGUAGAUGGGGUUUUGUUCGUGCGAAAGCCCGACGGCAGAGCCACCGGAGACGCUUUCGUGCUCUUCGCCAACGAAUCGGAUUCCACCAAAGCUCUAUCGAAGCACAGGGAGUGCAUCGGCUCCCGGUACAUCGAAUUGUUCAGGUCUACUACAGCGGAAGUCCAACAGGUCCUGAACCGUUCGAUGGAUCCGAAGACCUACGAACAACAAGCCCCGCUCAUCGCUCAAAUACCGCAGGUGCCUUUGUUGCCGCAACAAUUCAUCACUUCGGGGACGAGAAAAGACUGCAUUAGGUUAAGGGGACUGCCCUACGAGGCUCAGGUCGAACACAUAUUGGACUUCUUGGGCGAUUACUCGCACAACAUCGUCCUGCAGGGGGUCCACAUGGUCAUCAACUCCCAGGGUCAACCGAGCGGCGAGGCGUUCAUCCAAAUGGACUCGGAGCAAUCGGCCUUCAUGACUGCCCAGCAGAAGCACCACAGGUACAUGAUAUUCGGCAAGAAGCAGCGCUACAUCGAGGUGUUCCAAUGUUCCGGCGAAGACAUGAACCACGUGUUGACCGGCAGCAUGCCAUCGCCAGUUUCGCCGGUCAAAGCCGCCGCCCCCGCUCUACUAAGUCCCGGUAUGUUACCACCGCUACCGCCCACUAAUAUCCCGCCGCCGGCGGCACCUCAUUCAUCCGCGAUGUCUCAGAGUUUGCCCCAGCCGCCCCUCGCUUGGGACAAUCAGGCGCUGUUCGCGCAACAGCAGGCGCAGAUCAUCGCCCAGCACAAUCUGAUGGCGAGGCAGAGCCAGGCGGCGCAGAACGAGAUGGUGCUGAUGAACCAGCUGGCGCAGCAGAACCUGCUGUUCGGCGGGCCGUUCUCGCCGACGGGGGCUUCGCCCCCGGCGCCGCUGAAGCCGGCCGCCGCCGGGCACCAGAUGGUGCCCGUCGUGCCGGGCCAUCCGUUCGUGUACCUGCCGCCGAGGCUGCCGAUGGGGCUGCAGCGGCCGCCGCCGGUUCUGUACCAGCACCAUUUGGUGCAGGGGCAGGGUGCUGGGGUGGUGAUGCCGCCCCACGUGGCGGUUAAGAGGAGCUACGGGGAUGCUUUUAAUGAUCAGGUGGCGCCGGCUAAGAGGCCGUUCGCUCCCGCCUCGUUGCCCCUCUAUCAGCAGUUUUAUCCCAAUAUGUGAGGCAGCUGCUGGUUUGGUUGUGAGAAUUGAUAGAGUGAGGUUGAAGGGUAGUAAUGUACGGGGGGUUGUUGAAAGUUUGGGAGUGGAUAGAGGGGUUCGAAUUGUGGCGGAAACUUUUGCAAAUGUUGUUUUAUCGAAAUGGUCUUGGUUGUUGGUGAGCAGGAUGUUAAAGAUGGAUUCUUGAUGAGGUGUUUUUAUUAAUAAUUUCGUUAAUAGCGAAGGUAGAUUGAUGAGAUUUGGUACACAUACUAAGCAAAUGAAAUGUUUUACGGUGCUUUUAAAUAGGGUUGAAAAAGUUGUCCAGGGGUGGGUUAAAAUGGGGGGGGCGUGGGGUAAUUUUGACCUAACUUUUUUAUUUUAACCUUUUCUAUUGAUUCGUUUAAAAAAUAUGAAAAAGUUUUCUACUUAAAAAUGGUUUCUGAUGCACAAACUUAUUAAACAAUUUUCUUUAAAAAUAUAAUAGAAAUGAAUUCUUUCAAAAACUUCACAUUUAGAUAAAAUGACAUUAGAGUUUUCUUCAUAUUUUGAGAUUCUCUACUUGCUCCCAUAAUUUGACCAUUUAUUUCGGAAACACCCUGUAUAUUUUUGAGUUUUAGUUAUUUUGAUAUUAUUUAGUUUAGCGAUUAGUAAGAUAGGUGCAAGCUCAUUUGAAAAACAAUAAUGCUCCAAAUUGAGAAAACCAGAAUUUAAAAUAAUCGUUUUCUGGUUUCACAUUAAACAUUUUAAAUGAAUUUAUCGCAAUGAUUGAAUAACUAAGUACUUAACAAGUUCGAGUUUAUGUAAAAAAAAUCGUGUGUCCUAUUAAGUUUUUAGUUUUUGUUUUUAUUUUUAGAUAUUAAUAUUGUUGAUUAAGUUUUCGCAUAUUUCGCUUUGCUUACAUCAAAUUGAAAGUAAUUUUUUAAAGCAAUACAAUCGUGUUUAGUUACACGAGAAAAAAAUAAUUAUAAGCUUUACUAAUAAUGUAAAUAGACGAGAAGUUAUUAUUAUAAAAAUAUGAACUUUACUGAGAGCCUAAAUUUUCACUCAUUUAUCAAGGCUGUAAUUAUUAUUUUUUUUUAUGAAAAUUUACAUAUUGUUUUUCGGUAUGUAAAAUAUUUCGAUAGGAAGAAAAUAAACUCAAAUCACCGAAGUAGUCGUGUUAAAGGAAACGCAAAAUUCAAUUUACCCUGAAAGGAAAAUUUUAUUUUUCAUUUUCUGUUUGAUUCUCCGAAUCCCAGUUUACAUAGGAUUGUUUGAACAAUACACAAAUUUUUAAAUACUCCUUUUUUGAAAAAUCCUAUAAUUACAUCACUACUUUUGUAGGUUUGUAGGUCCUACCCAUCCUCACGUUCUUGUUAUAUUCAAUAUUUAAUAUUUUUUUAGUAUUUAGUAAAUAAUUAUAUGGAAUAAAAUGGCAACUCACAGGGCUUCUGUGGUAACAAACUCUGAGACAAAGUGAUUAUCGAACAGGGUACUGAGACCCCACCUUUUAAUAUCUAUACCUUCCAAUUUUUAAAAGACUGGGACUCUGCUAUGAUGAAUUAUUGUGAUGAAAAUACAUUCCGAAUUUUCGAUGAACCCGGAAUUUUCGAACGAUCAUUCCGAAACUAUUUUUGAUACAAGAAUUUUUACAGUUGUUGUUAAUGUUGAAAAUAUCGCGGGUUCGUCAUUUGCUGUUACAUGAAAUUUUUAACUGUUUCGGAAAUAUAUUUUUAGGAAAUCGGUUUCGAGAUAAUUUUCGUUUCUUUCUAUUUAUCAGAAUAGCUUUCAAUUUAUCGAAAAUUUUCUCGAAUUCGCCUCCUGAAAAUUGAUCGGAAACUUUUGUUACUAUUUGUUUUUUUUUUCCAAGGAAAUGUUAAAUUUAUAUUAUUUCUAUCGGUCCUCUAUUCUAUGUUUAGGGCUUUUGUUAUAACAAACAAUGUUUGCGAACUAAUUUAAUAGACCUUUGGAUAUGGGUGUUUGUUGUCUACAACUUAUUUGGUUUUAGGAAACAUGUUGAAACUAAAGGCAACUAUUUUUAUUAUUAUUAUUAUUAAAUUUUUAAGUACAAUGUACUUACUAAUGAGAUGACCUUAUCUAAUAUAAAUUUGAAUUAAUCGGACAGUUGAAUUAAUUAAUUAUUAAUUAUUGAAAUGAUUGAUUUGAGGUUGUCUUUGGUUGUGUCUUUGUCACUGUUGUCAAUAGAUUGGCGAAGGGUUAUUUUUUUGAGAAUUCCAAAAUUACCAACUGGUUUCUUUUUAAUAUUAAUCGUUAUUUAAAAAUAAAAAACCUUAACUAGUUGCUAAUUCUGGAAUCCUCAUUUUAGAAUUGAUAGUAGUAUAAGAAACAUUGUACAAAAUCAUGGUGUUAAAUUAAUUCAUUUAAUUUUAUUAUAUAUUGGGAAUUAGUUUACUUAGUUUGAUAGUUUAUUUUCGCCGAUAUCGGUUUAAGUAGGUUCAGUUUCCGUACAGCUUUCGCUAGAUAUUUGAAUAUGAUUUGGUGUUAUGCUUUUCACGUUCAUUUUUUACUACAAACUAUAUGGAGUGGUGUUGGUGAAUGAUUCUCGAUUUCGACUUUAUAAACAGAAUGAAAAUCUUCCACAAAUUCGAGAAAAAUUUCGGUGAAAUUUCAUCAAUAAUUCUCGCUAAUAUUCUCGAUAUUUUUUCGCAAGAUAUUCAUUCUCGAUUGGAAGUUUUUAUACAGGUAUAUGAUGGUGAAUUCACAAUGUAAGUAUUUCAGUCGCUUUUCCACUGCUUUUGAGCAUUUCGAAAAAUAUUUUUCGAAUGUAUUUGAAGUUUAACAACUAAAAUCUAUAUAGUUGGUAUACACAUGAAUUUAUUUUCCUAUUGGGAGCUUUCUUUUUUUUAUUAUCUUCUUAUUUUGGUUGGUUUUUCUUAUAUUCCAAUUUUCUAUAUUUUAUUAUUAUUUAACAAAGUUAAUACAAAAUUAUUUAUUUGCAAUUUCUGGCAACAUAUUUAGGUAUAUAUUUCAUUAGACAAUAACUUGAUUUUAUUGAUUUUUAGAGUUAUAAAAAAUAAAUGUGGAAAUAGCAUUUUCCUCGCAAAAGUAAAGUUGGUGAAAAUAUUGGUAAACUGGAAAACUAAAACACUAUAAUAAAUGACCAUUGCUCGAGUCUCUCGGCAAAAUAUGUAAAUUUUUCAUUCAAAUUCUUUGCAUUUAGUAAUAAAUUACUAGUUAAAAACCAGAAAUAUUCACCCUCUUUUACUUAGGAAAUAAUGCUCUUUUAAGAAUUCCGUUUUAACAUUGAAAUUUAAUGCAAAUUAACAUUUUCCAAAUACUCAAAAUUUCACUGUUAAAAGAAUUAAACUGGAGCUACAUUUAAACAGCAAUAAUAACAAUAACUGACAGUUAAUAUUUCUAAUAAUUAGCUAUUUAUUUGACGAAUGGAGACACACUUUAAAUGCUCCAAACUAAAUUUAUUUCGUGAGAUAUGGAAUGUUUGGGUGUUACUAACUUCGAGUAGAUAUAUUAUACUAACAAAAUUCAUGGUGGUGUAUUAUUUUGGAAUGCUGAAAGAUUUUCACCAAGCCUUGUUUAUUGUCUAGCGAAGGUUCUAUUUUAUUUUUCUCUCAUUUUUUUUGUGGUAACGGGUAGGUACAGAGCACCAGAAGUACCCUUUACUUCUGUUCAAACACUAACUAAGAAUAUUGUAUUAGAAAGUAAGUACCUAUUUUCUUAUCUUAAUGGGGGUUUUUAGAGACAUCAUUCUUAUGUUCAGAUGAAAGGAGAUUUAUUUCGUGGAUUGCUUUAAAGAUUUAUCUAUCUAAUUUCUGGUAUUUACGCCUGCCCGAUGCCGAUGGUUGAAACAAAAAAAAAUGGCGAAUUAUUCUUUUAUAUUUCUGUAACGUUUACGCAGCUCUAUCAUUAAAAUUGUCUUAAUAUACACAUUAAUAAAUGUUUUUGUCACUAUAAUGCUUUUUGGGUUUGUUGUCAGUCUCCUUUCGCUAUAUAUAUAACACAUUUUUCCAUGUACAGGGUAGUUUAAAAAUCCGGAACUUUUUGUACACUAACAACAAUUCGGUGAUGAGUAGGCGAUGGAGUUUCGAAUUUUUCAUCUACCCUGUACAUUCGGAUAUGAAUAUAUUGGGUGGUUAAUCCUGGAGAAGAUGGCAGUUAAGUGUGGGACAUCGUUUGCUUCUAUAUAUGGAGGUGGGUAGAUGGUUUAUCAUUAUUUCCAUUUGAUUCUAAUUCUAAUAGAAUUAUUCAGUAGUUUAGUGGUCUGGUUUAAUACCCCUCGAAUGGUUCGUUUCAAAAUUAAUAUGUUUUAUAACGAUUAAUUAAUUAAUGAGGUAAGCAUUAAUGUUAAACCACUCGAGCUAUCAAAUCGAAAAGUUCGAUUUUUGUUGAAAGUUGAAAAAAAAACUUCCUGGUGUUUAAGCAACGGCAUAUUUUAGGCGGUAAUAUCCUGCCGACUCCCUUCCACCCGGGGCCCAAUUUCCCUGGAUACCCCCCUGUACAGAUGGCGGCGGCCGCGAUGGAUCCCAGACAGUUCAUGCAUCCGCAGAUAUUCUACUGGCCCUACCCGAGUCCGCCCGUUUCGCCGACCAAUUACUACCCCUCGAUGGCCCCACCGGGGGCCCUGCAGGCCCAGCAGCCCCAGCAACAAAUGAUUCCUCCGGAUUGUGGUCCGAUGCCUCAGCUGGCUCCUCUUCCAGUCGAUCCGAGAUUGCUGGCGGAAAUGCACCGGCCUGAUAAGGAAAAUAGGUCGAAUAUUUCUCUUAAUCAAUACGUUGAGAUUAUAAUAUAAUAGCUAAUUGUUUGGUUUUAACACAGUUAACAGUCUGCUGGAUUUGAUGAGGAACUAAAAAAACUGUUUUUGCUAAGCUAGUUUAAUGAAAUUUGACAUUAAUUUUAGUCGAAACUUGCCUCUUAAGCCUUAUAACGUAGCCAGUUAAUGAUGCAGAUUACAAUGAAAUUGAGAUGUAAUUUUAUCUAAUUCUUUAAAAAUCGAAAUAGAUUUUAUUGUGAUCUGCUGUAGGUUUAAUUGUAAUUGAAACUGGUCAAUGAAAAGAAGCACCUUAGUGACUACUCAUUGCACAUAUCAGAUUUUUUUUUAGAUGAAUCGAUUAAAAAACUAUCGAUGCAUAAUUAAUUAAAUUAUAUAUCAGAUUAAUAUAUACGAGUAUAAUAUAUAUGUAGGUCUGUUAGUUUAAUUAUAUAUUUUUCAAUUUUUAUAAUCGAGCAAAUAUGAAUAUUUUUAAUAUAGUUAAUUCCAAUGAAAAUGAAAGAGUAUUUCGUUCGAGCAAUUGUCGAGGCUUUUUAAGAUGAUUUUCUAGCGAAUUUUAAUAGUUAAAACUUCCUUGUAAUCUUUUUUUUUUAACAAGCAAAAAUGAUAUUAUUUACACGAAAGAUUUCGAUUAAGGACAAUUAAUUUUAACUUAAUGUAGGUACAAUUUUAUGACUAAAUUUAAGCAUUUAAGGGAUAGAAGUUUAACAACAAAAAUUACAACGUCUUCCGAAACGUUUUUUAUAUUUAUAUUUUUAGGAAAAAAUCGCCUCACUUUAACUGCUUCAUUUUUAUAACUUUUAUGUGAUUUAGCUUAUAGUCUAAGUAGUUCAAAGCAACGAAUUAAUAAGGCUCGCAUAUACCAAGUUGCCCUUAAUUUAGUAAAAGUUCAAAGAAAGUUUAAUAUGUAUUAUAAAAGUUUUUUUUUUAUAUUAUAUUUUUACGAGAGAAAGUGAUGCUAGGUAACUAAUUGAAUAGUUUCGAAAGUAAUUUAGUUUUAGCAAAUUUUAGAAUAAUUUAUAGCAAGUUCUUAAUUUGCAAAACUAAAUGUACAGUAGAACUUUCUUUAACGCUAAUGUGCAAUACAUCUAAGUUUUAUAAAAUCAUAGUCAUCUUUAGUUUAGGGUCUACACGACUUUAAAGUAGUUGUUCAUAAUAUGAACUUAUUUUUGUUGUUUAUUGUAAAGUUUAUAAUGAUUAUAUUAUUAAGAUUGCAUUAAUAUAUCUACAUAGAAUGUUGGUAUUAAUUCCGAGAUCGUUUUUUUAUAUUUUAUAUAAUUUAGAGCGUUUUCAGAACUACUUUUUUUUAUCAAAUCUGCUCUGAUGUAAUUUAGUUAUUUAUGUCUCCGCAAAAUACAGACACUUGCCGAUUAGAAUAUAUCAAAUUCCUCGAUUAUUUUGCGGAGAGAAUUUAUUUUUUAAAUGACAACAAAUUUUAGGUAACUGCAAGUUUCUUGCUAAUUUUUUUUUUGUGAUCAUUUAAUUUAAAUAGAACAAAUGUGGCAGAUUCUGCGUAAUCUAAAAUAAGAAACAAAUAAUUGAUUCAAUUUUCACUGUUUUUGUUAUGUUUAA